AUGGAUGUCACCGGCAAUGCCUUCGUCACGGGUGGAGCAAGCGGCAUCGGCAGAGCCUGCUGCUUAGCCUUUGCCAAAGAAGGUGCUCGAGGCUUAGUUGUGGCUGAUAUCAAUCUCGAAGGAGCUGAGAAGACGGCUACCGAAGCCAAGGCAAUUGCUAUCAAUCCCGACUUUCGAAUCCAGGCAGUUCAAGUCGACGUCAGUAUCGAAGAGUCUUUCAGGGCAGCUAUCGCCCACGCCACCAAAUAUCUCGGUCGUAUUGACUAUGCAGUUCAUUCCGCUGGUAUUCCUGGUGGUACAUUCGAUCCUAUUGCCGAGGCCAAAUUUGCGGAUUUCAAACACCUCCUCGACAUUAAUGUCAAUGGAACCUUUCUGUUUACUAGCUUGAUCUCAGCCGCCAUGAAAACUCAAGAACCUCGACAAGCCAGCUUUACUGACCCAACACGAGGUACUACCCGAGGAUCUAUCGUUAAUUUAGCCUCGGUCUCCUCAUUCAUGGCUGUUUCUAAUAUGGUGCAAUACACCACUUGUAAGCAUGCUAUCAUUGGCAUCACCAAGACUGCCGCUCUUGACAAUGCUCCUCUUGGCAUCCGGGUGAACUGCGUCUGUCCCACAUGGACGGACACUCCAAUGACCCGGAAGGCGACAGAUGUAGCUCCGGGGCUGGAGCAGGCACUUUUAGCCACUAUACCUUUAGGACGCCUGGGACGGCCGGAGGAGGCAGCCGACGCCGUCAUUUUCCUCUGCAGCCCCAGGUCUAGCUUCACCACUGGCACGGGCCUGGUCUUGGACGGCGGAAUGACUCUGUCUUGCUCAGGCUAG